CCGUUGAGACAGGACGUGUGCAGUGUCCGACACAAGUGUCGCAGUUUUGAAACCUGCGCGAAAUUUAUUGCUAGGGCAAUGAAACCACGCACUUGGCCAGCAGAGGAAAUAAAGUCUUUAAUAUCAUACUAUGAAUCGCUGCCAGAACUAUGGCAAGUAUCUAACCCCGAUUAUAAAAAUCGGGUAAAAAAGUCAGCCGCGGUAGAUAGUUUGGCGGAACAAUUUAAUACUACAGCAUUUGAAAUAAAUAGAAAACUGCAUAAUUUACGAACACAAUUUAAUAAUGAAUUAAGAAAACUGAAAAAGAAGAGCGGACAAGGCACAGAUGAAAACUAUACUAGCAACUGGGAAUACUUUACAAGUUUAAAAUUUUUAAUGCCCAAUAUCAUACCCGCAAAUGAAACACAAGGAGAUUUGAAUUUACCUUUUACAAACAACAAUAGUUUGGAAUCACCGGAAUCGACCAACACGCAAUCUUCUCGACGAACCUUAAAAAAACGGAAGAUCGAAGACGAAUCUUUAGACAGAGUGUUAAAUGUAUCUGAAAAAUUUGAUGAUGCUGCCACUUUUGGUGAUUUUGUGGCUGCUGCAAUACGUAAUAUGAGGAGCGAUGCUCGGAAAAGAGAAUUAAAACGUAAAAUCCAACGAAUAAUUCUUGACAUUGAAGAAAAGGAUGAAGCUGAUCAGUAUUCAAUUACUGAGUCUGAGUCUUCUGCUUCAUCAAUUUUUAUCAAACACAAGUCGCGACAAUCGCGGCAGCGACGCGUCGAGUCAUGGCAAUAGAGUGAAUCGCAGUGUAUUCGUAUAGACAGCCAAUACAAAAGAACUGCGACACUAGAUGUAUACACAAAUGUCGACACAAAAAUGUGUUUCGUCGUGUACCUUC